UCCGAGCGAAUGAGUUUAGAGAUAGAGCUAAGCUCCCAAUUACUCAGUGCAAACCGAAAUCGAAAGCUGAAACCGAAAACAACAUUCCAAUAUUAAGCAACUCAACACCAUAAACCAAAAUGGAUCCACCCGAGUACGUAUUAUCUAGUGAAGAUCUGCAAGAGAUUUGCCAAGCGUUCGCCAUUUGUGAUCCUGAAAACAAUGGAAGGAUCAAUGUAGAAGAUUUGGGAACUGUGAUGCGCGCUCUGGGUCAAAACCACACCGAAUCAGAAAUCUACAGAUAUUCCGAAAGUCUUGAGGGCGAUUUAGCCGGUUUUAUACUACUUUCCGAUUUUAUUGAUUUGAUGACCAAAAUUUAUAAAAUAAUGGAAGACAACGACUAUUUAAGGGCCGCGUUCAACAUCUUUGAUCGCGAUCAAGAUGGAGCAAUAUCCGCCACCGAGCUACGCAAUAUGUUCAACAGCCUCGGCGAAAAGAUAAGCGACGAACAGUUCGACGAAGUGUUCCGCCAGGUCGAUACUGACGGAGACGGCAUGAUCAAUUGGUCCGAUUUCCGUAAUGCCUAUAAAUCUUAAACUACACAUUCAUAUUCUUGUACUCGAAUUUUCCUUAACAAUUAAAGCACUGUACAUUUUCAAAAACUAUUAAAGCGAUCUGUCCUUAAAUUAAA